AUGUCUUCUCUCUGGAACGCUUUCACCAGCGGCAAUAAGCCCGCCCACCAACAGCAACAGUCGCAGUCUCAGUCUCAGUCGCACCAACAACCCACAACACAAGAACCCGCGCAUUACGCCUACGACCCCACGGAAGGUCAGGGCGUCGAGUCUUUUCUUCAGAGCUCUGCCUUUGCCGACCCCUCGCAAUUACAUCCCCUCGCCGGCCUCAACAGAGAUACCCUUGAAUAUAUUUCCCUCGAGGAUUCAGCCCUGUCCGAGUUGCCUGGUGGCCAAUCAGUCCUGCCCUCGCGAGGCUUCACAGACGACUUGUGUUAUGGUACCGGAAUCACAUAUCUCGCUGGUCUGGGAAUUGGAGGUGCCUGGGGUCUGCAGGAGGGUCUCCGAAGGUCGGCUGGUCAGCCUCCUAAGCUGCGAUUGAACGCUGUUCUCAACUCGGUUACUCGACGAGGACCUUUCCUCGGUAACUCGUUGGGUGUCGUCGCUAUUAUCUACAACUGCAUCAACUCAUUGAUUGGAUCUGUCCGCGGAAAGCAUGAUGCCGGAAACACCGUCCUCGCUGGUGCGCUGAGUGGUAUGCUCUUUAAGAGCACCCGUGGACUUCGACCCAUGGCCAUCUCUGGUGGUAUUGUGGCUUCUGUCGCUGGUGCUUGGGCUAUUGUCCGACGAUCUUUCUUCCCUAUCCCAGAGCCCGUUCCUGCGGUUUCUGACGAGCUUACUCUGUAA